AUAAGCUAUCCGUUUCUACAGCCUAAAUAUUAGGGACUAAUAUGCGCGGCCGCUCUUUCGGCGUAUAGACAGGGACUGCGCGAUUCAUCAUAGCUAGGCAGCGCAUCAUAGGACGCUUCGACAAUACUUGGCGUUCACCUAUACUUUGCCUCUAGUUUUGAGACUUCACUUCUUUGCUCGAUUAUCUGAGGCAUUUAUACCCUCUCUUCCUUCGUAGUCACUGAAGGUGUUGGAAUAAUCUCUCUCAUCUAGACCUAAACCACUUAUAUAUAUCUUGACAGCAAAAAAGUAUCUUCCGUUUGCCGUCAUUGAUUCCUAUUAUUUAUUUACUAUUUACACGCCACGUAGCCCGUCUACCGUUUGUCCCUAGACCAAGAUGGGCGGGCAAUUUUCACCUGUCGACCCUUUGAGAUGCCCUCACUACGCCCAAUUUGCGUCCGGUCUUGAUAGAAUCCAUUUCGACGGCAUCUACUGGACGCUCUUUUUUCUGGUCAUCUUUAUACUAUUUGCUUCGUCAUGGGUUUAUCAAUCGACGAUGAUGUAUCGAGAAAAACACGGGUUCUGCGAAGAUGAGUUUCGGCGGAGAGUUAAAAUCGGCCUUGCUUGGUGUACGCUAUUAUUCUUAAUCGCAGCCGUCUUGCUAGUGAUCGAAGUGUACGCGCUUCUAGCACUGCAAUUCUGCGACGGCGAAGACCUCAUGGCUCUAUACUGGUCUACAUGGACGACGCUACAACUGGGUUCCGAGAUUGCCAUUCUCGGUGUUGUACUGUCGUUGUGGCAUCAUCUUAGCAACGUCCAGCUUCCGCUUUGGGCUCUCGCGUUAGGCACUCCUGUUCUAGUCGUCGCAGGAAUCGGACAUGCUAUUCAAGCUGCGUGCCGAAUGUUCUACAAUCGCGUGCGGGCCCGCAGACGGGCCCGAAGGGACACCAUUGAUGCCGAGGCGGGCGAGAAACGGGAAGACAGCGACUCUAUUUGUGCAAGCACUAAACCAGCGCACGAGCACAACAGCAUCCGGGGAAAUGAAAUAUGCAUGUACUUCGAGAUGGACGUGGGCGACGACGAACGCGUAAGGAAGUGGCCGUGCUUUGUCGGACUGUCAAAUGGCAAGUCGAUUAUCCGCCUCUCUACGCACUCGGGGAAUUUCUCGAAUUCACCUUGACAUUACUUCUAAGCCGGAGCACAUCAUCAUUGCUUCUUUACGUAGUAGAAGCGCUUAGCUCGCUUUUAGUUAUUACUACUUUAAGGCUCAGUACGACGGGAGCAUGGUGGCUGUAGGUCAAUGGGAUCUUUAGGUUCUACCGAUCCAUAGCUUCAAUGCGGAUAU